UUGUUGCCACGACACGAUUUGUUUUGUGAAACGACACUGUCAGGCCUGCCAUCACGCAAAAGAAGGUGGGACGAUGAAGGAAAUUUAUUUUUCAGAGAAGUCGCUAGGCCUAAAUUAGUCCAGCGGUAUUUUGAUGAUGCUGCAGCUAUCGAUAUUCAUAACCACAUCAGGCAGGACGGAUUGGCGUUAGAGAAAGCUUGGGGCACACAUGAAUGGGAACAUAGAGUUUAUGCCUCAGUUCUAGGCAUUAUAGAAACAAAUGUGUAUUUGAUUUUUAAUAAUUUCUUCCGCGCCGAACAUGACCAGGUGUCUCACACAUGGUUUACUACCAACCUGGUAUUCGCUCUGACUAAAAAUGACGUUAAUAACCUACAAGAGAAUGAGCCGCCACCACAUGAGCACAUCCCUCAUAUGAGAGAACACAUUCUUGAAGCCUUGUCAAAAUCAGAUGACAGAAAGAGAGUUCAACACAAGUGUAUAGUUUGUUCGAGAGUCCACAAGAAACAGCAGAAAGCGAGCUACUUUUGCAAGACAUGUGGUUUGCGAUGUGUUUUAUGCUUCCCACAGACAGGAAGAAACUGCUUCACCUACCACAUCACGAAUGAAAUUCCUGCAUAA